GGUUGCUAAAAUCUUAGAAAAGAUUAUUCGGAAGGAGCUGUUUAAGUACCUCGAUGAAAACCGGAUCCUUUCGGAGAAGCAGCACGGUUUCAGAAUACGUUACUCUUGUCUCACUAACUUAUUAGUGACUCGUGAAAGCUGGUGCGCUCUCAAGGACCAAAAGAUACCUGUAGCUGUAGCCUAUAUUGAUUUCAGCAAUGCUUUUGACAAGGUUCCACACAACCGGCUGUUAUAUAAGUUAGGAAAUGUCGGGAUUGCUCUCAUUAUUGAAUGUAACUGCAUUCUAUGUGGUUAAUGUUAAAGUGAGCCAUGUUUCACUUUCUCUCUUGUUAUUUUCUCUCCCAAAACCUCUCAUAAUACUACCCGGUACACAAGUAUCUUCAGGCUAAGCGCUGACCUACCAAAGGUUGAACGUUACAGCGAAAUCUGAAGUGCAGAGAUAUAUUCCUAACUUGUAUGUUAUUGCUAAAUGAAAACUGAUUCCUAAAGUGUUCGUAGUCAACAAAAAUAUCGAUCCGUCUAGAACCGAUCAUUUGAGAGGACAUUCGAAGAAAGUUCAAAAACCGAGAUCAAACCGUUUACGUCUGGAGUUCCGUUUCUCGCACCGAGUAGUGAAUUACCGGAACUCUCUACCGGAACACGUAAUAUCAGCACCGUCUGUUAAUAUAUUCAAAACGAGAUUGGACCUCCACAGUAUUACAAACUGCAAGGAUUAAUAUAGGUCAAUAGACUUCCUAUCCUUAUUACUGAAAACUGAAGACUGAAAAAUGUGAAUUUGAACGGUACAUAUAUAUUUAGCGUAUACGCUAAAUUACCAAAUGUACCUGCUGUUAAGGUAGAUUGAGUCUUUAGGUACUUCAUGCCUAAGCAAACCAAAGAAACUUUUGUUGCGUGCCGUGUGGAAAUAGUGCUACAUUUCCCCUUUUUGUCGCCAUAGGCAGUGAUAUGUCAUUGAUUUUACUUUGAAUUAUCGACUUUCCCCCUAAAUUUACACAGAACUGUCUGCUUCUCGCCUAAAUACGCUAAAAACUGCAACCUACCUCCUAAUACCUAAUCCUAACAUUCUAUCCUGUAUUAUAAAAGUCUGUAAACAGCUUUAGUUUACUUUUGAUGGAGUUUUGUUCUCUUAGCUGGAUGGUUUGGUCGUGGAGCUUUCAUCGUUCUUCUGAACGACAUCACCAGCACAAACUCCUAGCUAUAGGUUACAUUUAACAGCUUAGUAGCCAUAUAUAAGUUGAUUCGUAUCUGAAAGAAAUUUAAUCAACAGUCAUGUAAAGUGGCUAUCGGCUUCUCGUUAAUUAACGAGAUGAUUAAUCAUUGUAAUUCAAAACCAACUUUAUUUCACUUUCAGGAACCAAGGACUCAAUAUCGCUGAACGUUCAGUAAGAAUACAUAAGUCUGUUUUUAUGCCUCAAUUCAAUUUGUGGUUACAGUAGUCGAGUGUUUGGAUUCAUUAGGGUAAACUCAGUCAGAAACCCGGAGUUGUUUUUCUGUGGCAUGACCCAAGAGUAUAAAAUUCAGUCGGCGUACGGUAAAAUGUCAUAACAUAGUGGAUGUCAACCACUCAUUAUAUUUAGUUUUUAUGCCUAUGGGGACUCAAAAUUACUGUAUAAUCCUGGUGGGUGGACCCAAGAUGUAACUCUCAAGUUUCUGUUUCAGUGAAACUCCAAAGUUUCUAAAGUAUCUUUCCUUUUUGUCAUUGCUAUCCGGCUACCCGUUUUGCUAAAUGCUUACCGUGUAUUUUAACUUAUAUUUCUGUUUCUGCUACGUAUAUAUAAAACUUCUUAUUCGAAUAGUUAACUGGACGCUUUGGUAUGAACAAAAAUUUGUAAAUAACACAACUACCGAUGAUAAAGUCAAUAUAAUUACUCUUUCUUGCUGUUUCAAUUCACCCUGUAACGGAUUGUGAAAUAACCUAUAUUUCAAGCCCAUUACUUUCAUGUCAGAAACUAUUGCCUGGGUACACUAUUCCUAGGGACUAUGUUCCUGAUCUGAAGAUAUCCUACAGUGAUGCAAUGUUCAAAGAUUAAACACAAUAUUCAGGUCUUAGUCGAUUGAAGAAUGAGUGACCUAAAAGCCUAUGACAUUUUAUUAUUUUCAUUUUAUGUCCAUAAAUAGACAGUUCAUCAUGAUUGUGUGUGGGCUGUGAUACUGCCCGGGUGCCCAGACCGAAGCAGGUGGUUUCCUUAGGGGGCCACACCCCGAGCCUUCGACCUGAAGGUCUGAUCCACAAGUCAGUGGAGCAUCGUGAGGAGAUGCAGUCCCAUGGUAGCCGGUUACCAAAAAUUGGUUCAUACGCCAUUUGUUCCCGCAGGAUACUGGAGCCCAUGUGCAACAUUGGUUUGAGAUCCGGCUAAAGCGCCGGAUAUUCGCUUUUUGUCCUCUCAUUUUCGUAAACAACACCCCCGCCACGAGAAGGCGGUGAGUAGGACUUCCCUGACAGAUGCUGUAUAGGCGUGACCGUGUGAGAGCAUUUCGAGAGGGAGGGCGAGCCCACCCCACUCUCGGCCAUACCAGGACAUUUUGGGGCGCAUAUGUAUUUGGUGCCUUCUUGUACCAAUAUUUAUGUGUUCAAAUAAAUAAUUUUAUGUCCAUAUUCUAUUUAUUAGCAUGUUAUUUUAUUAUAUGAGAAAAAUUCAUCUGGCUAGUGGUCUUUUUUUAUUUCUAAUCAUUCGGGGGCCUAAGCCAAUUAUGCAGUCUUGUGAGCAGCCGUCACCCGGUCACACUAUAUCAUUGCAUUCAUCUGUCAACUACUUUGCUAUUCAUCGAUUUUGACAGUCAGGGUUUUGUCUAAUCAAAACAGGAAAUCUUCACAAUUGUAGUCCUCACAACGACCUUGUUUUUCACUAAAUUAUUUACCAAGUAGAGGUCCGCGUACUCUGUUUUAAUUCAGAUUCUAAUUAUGGAAGCUAAUGAUGCUACCCAGUUGUCUAACCUAGAGUAGGUGGCGUGGGGCUGUAGCAUGUGACUUAAUAACUAAUGUAUCGCUCCACCUAAGGUAACCUAUCAUGCAAACAUUUUCAUUGCUAUUCGAUGUCAUAAAAUUUUUGUGGUUUGUCACGUAUAACCAGUCAUUUACCAUUAUGUUUCAGCACUCAUGUUUUCUCUUAAACCAAUAAGACUGGCUUAUGCUUUCACUAGCUGUCGUCAUUCAUAUCAUAGUAUGCUUCCAACUAGUUCGAAGAAACGACGUACGUGGGUCACUUAUUCCUUGUUGGUCCUUCCAGCUACUGCAUUCGCUUUAGGAUAUUGGCAGAUACAUAGAAGAAGGUGGAAAAUUGAUUUGAUUGGAAAACUAAACGCAAGGAUUCCUGCUAAGCCUAUUCAAUUGCCUAAGAAUGUUGACUCUAGCAUUCAGCUUCCUGAGUUCACUCAUAUCUCGGUUCGAGGUUGUUUCGAUCAUUCACGAGAAGUAGUAAUUGGACCACGCUCAUUGAUUGAAGAUUUUAUACCUUCUAAAGGCUAUGGAAGCGAAUGGGUAGUGAGAUCACCAAACAAGUAUAUGCAGGCGAAUAUGGCUCGUCCAUCUGCUUCUGGUUAUUUUAUCGUAACACCAUUUUUCUUAGAAGAUAGACCUGGAACCUCCAUAUUAGUAAACCGUGGAUGGGUCCCAUAUGGUGCACGUGAUCCUACCAUUCGACCUAAUGGUCAGUUUACUAACAAAGUGUAAUUCAGUUUGCUACUUUUUCCCUGCCUUUCUGUUAACCCAACGUAACAGAUUUAUUGACCUUCAUCAGUUUUAUUCUAAUUUCAGGUUAGACUAAUUUUCAAAAGCUUUUCACUUUGUAUACACUGAGUGAAUUCGUGGUUCGUCGAUCUAGAGUCUCAUUUUUCAAUAUUAUAAUGGCUCAAUCAUUUUUACUAAAAUACUGAAAUAAUUUAGAUGGUUAGUUUGUCAAUUUACUCACGACAUUGAUCCUCAACUCCCAAUCAGGUAGAUUAAAAAACUAUUUACUGAAUGAGUAACCAUGCGAAUUGAUGUACAAGUUAAUUAAAACUAACAUCCAUGUACAUAGUACUUGAUCAAAGUAGUAUGCCCAUAAGCUCUGUCAUUUCUCAAUUAAAUGAUAAAUUCUGAAAAUAAAGGUCACUAAACAAUCAAUGUCCCUUCACUUUAGCCUGCCUUGACAGUCAGUCAGCUACAACGUAGGACCAGGCACAUAUAUGAAUCGGUCCAAGUUGCCAUACCUCAUUAACACAACAAGAUGAACACUGGAUUCAUAAAAGUAGUUAAUUCAGAAGUGGUAAUAUAUAAAAGAUUGCAAUAAGGAUAUAGUACAGGAAGAAAGAAUUAGUUCGUAGAAAGAAAGAUAUGAAGCGAUUUUAAUCUCUUGGUUUAAAGGGAGACAGAGGGUGUAUACACCGACGCCAUUAUGAUGGAUUCUGAGCCAUGUCACUAAGAGUCUACAACCAUUGUUUACGAUAGUCACGCGUACCCCAACCAAGUAGUCUGCAUCUACCAACAUGGCUCAGACUAGAAGUUAGUGACUUCAAGCACUGAUGCCAGCCUGCUUUGACGGAUUGCGUUAUAAUAUGGUGGAGAGUUGAGUUUUUGGUAGUCAUCAUUUUUCAUCGCGUCAUGAAUAUUUAUAGUUUUAGGAUCAUUUCCUCCAAUAAUUGACGCCAAUUAUUAAAUUAUUACAAAGCAUAGAAAUAUUUCGCUCUAAUUUAAAACGCUUCAGCAUUGUGCACCCAUAAUCCCUUAAAGUUUUAUCAAACCUUGAAACAAUAGUCGUAUCCUUAACAAUGAUUAGCCCCCAAAUAGUUUCUGAAUGAGUUAAUAAUUAAGUAGGAGCUAAUAAGCUAACCACGUCUGGUAUACGACAUUGAAUAAAUAUCAAGUAUGGGGUUGUGAAGAUUGAGAUGGUAGAGAUUAUUAGGUUUUUCAUUGAGAUCAUAAACCGAUCGAUGUUAGACCACCAUUGAAAAUCUGGAAGCACUGAACGGCAGCGCUCAUCCACACGGGAUUCGAACCAAGGGCCCUCGUCGUGACCAGUGGAGCUAAUUCGUGUUGGGUAGAUACAGGUAUCUACCUUAGAAUAUUGAAAGAUGGUCGCGCAAUUUCGUGGAUUGGUUGGGGUUAGGCGUUAACACCGUUGGAUGCCGGCUCAGUGGUUUGGAGGUUAAGCGUUCGCGCGCGAGGCAGAAGGCUCUGGGUUUGAAUCCCGUGAGCGGGAUCGUGGAUGCGCACUGUUGAGGAGUCCCAAAAUAGGACGAAACGGCCGUCCAGUGCUUCUAUGUUUUUAAUGGUGGUCUAACAUCAAUCGGUUCAUGAUCCCAAUUGAAUAAACAUCAUAUAUUACAUGCUAUUGACUGCGAUUGGAGAUAUAACACUGGAUUUUCAUUAAGCGAUAUCAUACCCGACUUAAUUUCCAUAGGUUUUUUGGUUUGAUCCUGCUUGAGUUCAUUAGUAUGCGUUCCUAAUGAGUUCAAAAAAGUAGGAUUUGUUAGCUAAACAGUACCCAUUAAAUCUAUAUUUAGUUUUCCUACAGACAAUUAGUUUUCCUACUGUCUAGCGUUAUUUAGUUGAAAAUGAACUAGUCAGUAUAUCACGAUUUGGGACGUGAUCAGAACACGGGACAGUUAAGAAUAUGUCCUAUUAACACUCACUAUUUCUUUAUCUAUUAUCCUCACUUCGUAAGGUAUGUUGCUUUUAUUUACUGUUAUGUUCAGAACUCUGUAUUAUAAGCUAAAGUACAUUCAUUGAAAAGAAAAUUCAUUAUUUACUUAUUGUGAUACAUAUGUAUUUUUUCAUAAAUUUUAGGUAAAGGGUGUCGUAGAACUGUCAGGUUAUAUACGGUAUCAAGAAAAGGUAAUUUUACUAUAUAUAUAAUAUGUAGGCCCAUCAACUGCUGUUUUAAACUCCAUGAUAUUAUCUGACAGACUUAAAUUACUGUAUCAAACGCUCAAAAGUUUAUUCCCUGUUUUUUUUGUUUCACUUAAUAACUUUUAAUGUGCGAACAUCAGUAACAUUUCAACUAUUAGGUUCAUUUAUAUAAUGUACACACCUAAUAAGAUCUCUUUUAUAAUUGUUUAGUAUUAUGGGAUAUUAGUCAGUGUUAAUGUUCUCUACUAUUUAGUGCUGAUCAGAUUUUGAUCAACUAAUUUUUAAUAUGGGUACUGGCCUGUUGUACUUGUUAGCGCACUCCACUUUGCCUAAUAGUUGUAAAAGAAGUUGGGAAAAAGCUUCGUGACUCAAUUACGUCAAUUUUUUGUUUUGUUUUAAUAACCUAAUACUUUUCUUAGGCACCAAUUCGUAUAUUCGGUUCAAAGAUUCAACCUCUUACUUGUCUGGAUUAUGAAAAUCAAAAUCCACAUAUUCGUUAUUCUUGUCGACAAAUCGAUCAAAUGUCUAAUGAUUUGAAAACAUUACCGAUUUUCCUUGAUGCUGAUUAUGAGUCUAGUACUGUUGGUGGGCCAAUCGGUGGACAAACUCGAGUUGUUUUACGAAAUGAACAUGCAUCGUAUAUUUUCACUUGGUUCUCAUUGGGCACCAUCGGUCUGGGAAUGUGGAUAUACUUUUUCAUUUUUUAACUGGACAAAUAAAAGAAAAAAAGAAUUAUUUUGUACAUACAAAUAUAGUUUAGAUAUCCAGACAAGACAAUCCACUCGUUUGCUUAUCCCUUGUAUUUAUGGUUAUUUAAUUCGUUGUCUACAGCAAUAUCUCAUACAGUAUAUGUGUAAAUGCGCUAAUUAAAAGUGUCACUCAUCCACGUACCUCCAACAUAACUCAAUAAGACCCUGAUCAUCACGAAAUCUUAUUUCUAGUAUUCUUCUUAUCAAUCUUCUGUUUUCAUCUUUUCCGAUGUAUGCCACUGCUGUCCGAGAUUGUGAAGUGUUCUCCCGAUUGCACAUACCUAAGCACGGUGAAAUUGAUAUGACGAGAUACUACGGGCUGAGUAAAUAAAAAACUAAAGUAAUUAACAAAACAUGACACAGUAACAAAAACAGGAUAGAAACAAGUAAUUGUCUCAUCUCAAUCAAGAAUAGGAAGUGCGCUUGAUUGUGGAGAUAAGAUUUCAGGUUAGAAGACCGAUAGCCUGUAUUAGUCCUUUACUAGUCAGCUUCUGAGUCUAGUCUUUCCUUGAAUGAGUCAGUCAAAUGAGUGGACACCACUUCUUCCAGUAACAGGUUCCAAGAAUUAAUGACUCGGUGUGAGAACCUGAAUGUCACGGGUAUUUUGUUCGUUGUUGGCUAUAGCACUCGCCUGCUAUGUCCUCUGAGUUGUCCUGACCUGGUGGGAAGAGAAGGAGAGAAUAUGUCAGGUUCCUAAUCACAUCCAAGUAUUCUAUGCAUCAAAAUCAGAUAGCCCCUUAGUUUGCGGUAGAACGGAGUAAAUAUGUCUAACUUGUCGUGCCGUUCUGUGUAUAAUAAAUCCUGGAAUUGCAUGAUUAGCUGCUUCCUCAAUUUCUCCUAAGAUAUCGGAGCCACUUUUUAAACAGAACUUGCAGCCUGGACUCAGUUUUCAAGUUUGUGUACAUUGUAUUGGAACAUAUUAGUGUCUAACUUGGUUAUUGUCCGUCUCCAAGCCCAUAUGGUUCCGAACUUCUCACCUACAGCCGUACGGCAGUGGUCCAUUGUCUUAAGAUGAUAACUCACUGUUACCCCAAGAUCGUUUUGAGGUCGGAAUACAGGUCCUGACUCUUCCUCUAUGCUCCACCUACUUAAUUUUGUGUUCCUUAUGUUCACGUAGAUGCAUGUAGCCACGCUCAUAAGUAUCAGUCAUUUUUUAGCCCAGCUAAUUAGAACAUCUAGUACCCCCUUCAGUACUCACGCAUCUGUGUCUCCUGUUAUCUCCAACUUUCUGCGUCAGCGUCAAGUAGCAUCGAGGGUUAAAUCAUACUUGGGAGUUCACUUCUCAUACAGUAUAAAUAGUAGAGAACUCAGGGCAGUUUUGCAGUACUUCACCAAGUGCUGGUUUAUAGGAAGAAUACUUGGAAAAGGUCUUUACUUUCUGUCCACGAACUAGCAAGAAAUCCUUUAUUAACUUUGAGAUAGGCCUGGGAAUUCUUAGACUGUAGAUCACCAACGUAGAUGAUCUAUGUCGAAAUGAUUGGAGGCCUACUCGAGUUAGACGUGAAUAGUGUGACGAACCAACUAACGUCGAAGUCACACCUCGUGGUCAGCACCUUACGUGGACUACCCCCAUUGACGUAUCAAGGUACCAUAGAUACUUUGAAGACUGUACAACACAAAGGACGUUAUUACAGAAAUAUAUUAGUUAAGGUAGAUACAGGCGAAAGUAAGACCACUGCCGCAUGGGCCAGUCCAUGGCGUAUGAUUAACUAAUGCGCGUUGCUUGUACAUGACCUUGGCAGGGAGCGAUGAUCUGUUCGACAUUCAGUGAUCCAACUGCCGGAUGAUUUGGCUAGGGCUCAGUGACAUUUCACUGGCCCUACAAUACUCCCCACCAGAUUCAACGGCCGUUUGAAUCGGUACCAAACAUGUUGGGAGCAGUCGCGCGCCAGAGAGUGCCAAACGAAUAUUAUAAAUUCUCCAGGUAUUGCUUAUCUGUAAAACAAAUGGAAAGGAGGCGGCAGAAACUGGUCGGGAAACAGCGAGUCAUAAUAUGUUAGUAGGACGUUGGUUAAACGUAAAGCGAUUAACCAUAGAAAUAAUGAAAAGAACAAAACGUUUUAUUGUUCUAUCAAGUCGCGCUGAAAUAUAUAGCCUUGAAAAGUAAUUCAGUUCCUCCGAUGACAAACGUUAAGUCUGCCGCAAGAGUAAUGAUGCUAUAGCGAUAGUAGGAUAAGUGUAUUAUCAAUCGAUAUCCAUAUUUGUACUGUCAUUAGUUUAAAGUUGUAAGUCGGACAGUGUUGUUGACAGCUAUUAAUUAGUGUCAAAUUCUAGUUAUACCUAUAUCUAACAGACUAACCGUAAGUACAGAAGUAUAACAGUGAAGAGUGGUCGUGAUUUCGUUGUGCGAAGCUAUUGACCAACUUGUAGUCACAGUUUGAAAAGUCGAUGACUGCUGUUACAGUCAG